UCCCAAACUCCACUUUCCCCUCUCUGCUUCUAUUUUUAUCUCGUCGCUCGUAACAAACCAUGUCGAUGGCCACCAAUCUCAUCUCCUUCCGGCCCAUCGGAAUCCGGGCCUGUGCCGCCUCCGGCGAUUCUCAUCGCCGAUCCACCUCCUCCAACUGGUGGACUCCUCUCUUCGGCUGGUCCCCCGAUCCCGACUACAUUGACCCCGAAACCAAGACGCCGAAUCCUGUCGCGCAGAGCAGACCCGAGCAAGAUCUUGAAACGAAAACCUCCAGAUCCCGGUGCGCUCCUGGCUGCUUCACGGAGGAGAAGGCCAAACAGCUCCGGCUGGUGACCACCAGUACUUCGUCAUUUCACGAUGCGAUGUACCACUCCGCAAUUGCCUCCCGCCUCGCUUCUGAUUUCAAGAAACGCUCCGAUCUAUGAGUUCGGUUGCCGGCGAGUAAAGAAUUAUUGUAGGUCAACGUGUUCUCGAUCUUGAAGACGAUGGUGUAUGUUUUAGUGGAGUUAGGAAUGGUUAAGAAUGUAAUUAAUAUUAUAAUAAUGUAAAUAAAUACUAUUAAAAGCAAUUGGAAUAUUAUUGUAUUUGCCAUUAUUGAAUC